AUGGCAGCUCCAGGUUUAGAUCACUUGAAUACAAGACAUAAUGGAGGUUCGUAUGAGGAAGCAUUGGCUGCUUUCAGGGCCGGCUUACAAGGGGGACAAGCGAUACUUGAGCUGGAAGAAGAAGACAUGUUAAAUAUGAAAGUUAUCCAUGUCGCUGGAACCAAAGGAAAGGUAGAUGUUGCUAUAUUGGAGGUUGGAUUAGGCGGGAGGCUUGAUUCCACCAAUUCAGUUCGGAAACCUGUGGUAUGUGGUGUAUCUCCUCUUGGAUAUGACCACAUGGAAAUUUUAGGUGAUACACUUGGCAAAAUUGCUGGCGAGAAGGCUGGAAUUUUCAAGCUUGGAGUUCCAGCUUUCACAGUACCACAACCUGAUGAAGCCAUGCGUCUCCUUGAAGAGAAAGCUUCCCAAUUGAAUAAACUUGGACUUGAUGGGGAGCACCAAUAUCUCAAUGCUGGUCUAGCAGUUUCGCUUGCCUCUACUUGGCUCCAGCAAGUUGGUAAACUUGAAGUUCCCAGUCUUACUAAAAAGUGUAUUCUUCCUGAGAAAUUCAUCAAAGGGUUAGCUACAGCGAGUUUGCAAGGACGAGGACAAGUUGUCUCUGAUCAGUUUAUUGAGUCUCAGACUUCAGGAGAUUUAGUAUUUUAUCUGGAUGGAGCUCACACUCCAGAAAGCAUGGAAGUAUGCGCCAAAUGGUUUUCAUCUGCUGUUAAUAGAGACAACCAGUCAGAGAGUUCAGAACAUUUGCUUAGUGGCUCCUCAGAAUCCUCUCAUGAUCAGUUUUCAGGAGAAGAAAACUGCCAUCAGAUAUUGUUGUUCAAUUGCAUGUCAGUUAGGGACCCAACUAUGCUCCUUCCACAUCUAAGGAAUACAUGUUCAAACUACGGUGUUCACUUCAAGAAGGCAUUGUUUGUACCAAACAUGUCGGUAUAUCACAAAGUUGGUACAGCGGCCGAUUUGCCAGAGGAUGAUCCACAGGUUGACUUGUCAUGGCAGUUGACACUCCAGAAAGUGUGGGAAAGCCUUGUUCAAAGUGAAAUAGGUAGUAAAAACAAAAACUAUGUAGUCCUAAAUCUUUCUGAUCUCAACUCAAUCCUUUUUUUUGGUUACUGGGAACGCAGGAGAAGAAGAUGGUGAAAGUAGUGGGAACAGUGAGGUGUAUACUUCACUCCCUAUGGCAAUAAAAUGGCUAAGGGAUAGUGUACAUGAGAGUAGCUCAGCCACACGUUUCCAGGUAUAACUCAAACCCUUUCCUAUUCAGUAUUCCUCUGUCUCAUAAUAUUUAAGUGGCUCAACGAAUGUAUGUGUGUGCAGGUUCUUGUAACUGGUUCAUUACAUCUUGUAGGCGAUGUACUGAGAUUAAUCAGAAAAUGAAGAGGAAGCAAACACAUGUCAUCAUUAUUCAAGUUUCUCAGUACACCAUACUAAAUCUUAUUUGUAUUAUUUUGAUGAUUUCAUUUUCUACAAGACUUUAUUCUUUAAUCAAAAGCAAAAUGUGAGAGGAACAGGUUCACAAAUGCUACACAACUAGCUUG